GACAAAGCACUAUUAUUAUUAUUAUCAAUCAUGGUUACCUCUCAAUGGCUAUGUGUUGUAAUAGCAGCUAUUGCUAUGAUUAACAUUGCAGCUGGAAACUGUCCUGAUGAUACGCCAUCGCCAUCUCCUUCCACUACUCCAUUACCUUCCUCUACUCUGUCUCCAACUCCACUGGUUGUCACUACUGAAUUCCUUUCCUCUCCAAACACAACAGUCAAUGCUCCACCAGUUUGUGUGAUGCCACCAGACUGCAGAGCAUGGCAAGAGUUGGGGAUCAAUCAGAGUGGAGUCUAUCCAGUAAAACCAAAUGGAGGAGAAGCUUUUCAAGUAUACUGUGAUAUGGAGACUGAUGGUGGUGGGUGGACAGUAUUUCAGAGGAGACAAGAUGGAUCUGUUGCUUUCAAUAGGAACUGGGCUGACUACGAGAAAGGUUUUGGUAAUCUCACCGGGGAAUUCUGGCUAGGACUGAGCAAAAUACACCGCCUCACUCACGGAGAGACAAAUACUUUACGAGUGGAUUUUGGAGGUUUUGAUGGCAGCGUGGGAUAUGCAAAAUAUUCGGAAUUUAACAUUGGGAAUGAAACCAGUCACUAUACACUAACAGUGGGAGGUCACUCAGGAACUGCUGGGAAUGAUCUGGCAGCUUACAAUGGCCACAGGUUUGCUACUUACGAUAACGAUUUCGAUAACUGCAUUGGUAAAUGGGGCAAUAAUGGAUGGUGGCAACACGGGAUCAGUAGUGGUUGCUUUUAUACACACCUCAAU